AUCUGUGGACUGCAAGCCUCCAUUGAUCUGAGAGGGAGAUGACUUGAGUAGCUGGCUAUCAUCUCCACAAUAAUGUCAAUGAACAAUUCCAAACAACCAUUGUCUCCUCCAGAACUACUUUUAAAUACAACCUGCCAGACGACAGAAAAACGGCUUUCAGUGUUUUUUUCAGUAAUCUUCAUGACAGUAGGAAUUUUAUCAAACAGCCUAGCCAUUGCCAUUCUCUUGAAGGCAUAUCAACGAUUUAAACAGAAAUCCAAGGCAUCAUUUCUUCUUUUGGCUAGUGGUCUGGUGAUCACUGACUUCUUUGGUCAUCUUAUCAAUGGAACUAUAGCAAUAUUUGUAUAUGCUUCUAAUAAAGACUGGAUCCGCUUUGACCAAUCAAAUGUCCUUUGCAGUAUUUUUGGUAUCUGCAUGGUAUUCUAUGGUCUGUGCCCACUUUUUCUAGGCAGUGUAAUGGCCAUUGAGAGAUGUAUUGGAGUCACCAAACCAAUAUUUCAUUCUACAAAAAUCACAUCUAAACAUGUGAAAAUGAUGUUGAGUGGAGUGUGCUUGUUUGCUAUCUUUAUAGCUCUGCUUCCCAUCCUUGGACUUCGAGACUAUACAGUUCAAGCAUCGAGGACGUGGUGUUUCUACAAAACAGAACAUAUCAAUGACUGGGAAGAUAGAUUUUAUCUUCUACUUUUUUCUUUCCUGGGGCUCUUAGCCCUUGGUGCUUCAUUCUUGUGCAAUGCCAUCACAGGAAUUGCACUGUUAAAAAUGAAAUACAAAAGACAGCAGCAGCAGCACAGACAAGGCAGGUCUCAUCAUUUUGAAAUGGUCAUUCAGCUCCUGGCUAUCAUGUGUGUUUCCUGCAUUUGCUGGAGUCCAUUUCUGGUGACAAUGGCCAACAUUGGAAUAAAUGGAAAUCAUUCUCUGGAGACCUGUGAAGUGAUACUUUUUGCUCUCCGAAUGGCAACCUGGAAUCAAAUCUUAGAUCCUUGGGUAUACAUUCUUCUGCGGAAGGCUGUACUUAAGAACGUCUAUAAGUUUGCCAGGCGCUGUUGUGGAGUUCAGAUCAUUAACUUACCUAUUUGGGAGCUUAGCUCCAUUAAAAAUUCCUUAAAGGUUGCUGCUAUUUCUGAGUCACCGCUUGCAGAGAAAGUAAAUGCACAAGCACCAAGUCUAAUAGGACAAUGAUUUAAGUCAUGUCGAUGACAAAAUUAAGAGAAGUAUUGGCAACAUUUCAAUUAAUUAGAUACAU